AUGCAUCAAAAAGUCAAUUGUCCGUGUGAAUAUCACAAGUAAUUAUUAUAACUAGUAUAUUUUUGAUGUAAUAUAAUAAAUAUAUUAACUAUAAUUAUUAUAAUAGACUAUGCGUUUAGUCAGUAUUUAUGAUGGCAAUGCAAAAAUAUUAAUACCAAACGUCACACGCCCUCAAAAUAACAUAUAGAAAUUAAUUACCACGAUCGUAUCAACACGUAAAACAUCUAGUAAAAUACCAUUAAAGUUUUAAAUCCGACAAGUGUUUAGAUUGAAUAAAAAACAAAAAUACUGGUUGUAAUACUGAAAUACCUUAAGAAGCCUGCCACUACAUAUUUUUCAUAAACGCGUUUUCGAAUUAUAAUGAUUUAAGUUUUAAAAACGAUUAAAUACAAAAAAACCAUAUUUUACGCGUUUAAUAUACAACAGCUAAUAGGUACUCAUAAACCAUAUAAAUAUUAUGAAUUUAUAACGUUUCGAUAUUACUUGUUAUUAAUAUUACACUUACCCGAACAAAAUACCAUAAUAAAUUUUAUUAAAUAAAAAUCAAAAAAAGAACUGAAUAUUGAUAUAUUACUGAUAUGCAUACAUAGGCGUGACUAGACUUCAUCCAAAGCGGCAGCAUAGCUAAUGACCGAUGCCACUUAAUUAAACUAAAAAAACCCUUUUAAAUAGGGGGGAAGGUUAGUCUCCCCCAAUUAAAUAUUUAUAUAAUUUUAAAAAGUCUGAAUUAUUUGUUUACAAUUAAUAAUGUACAAUAUUUUUAGUACUUUUAAAUUUAAUUACAGAAAUAUUAUUAAGGUCUGGAUUACGUCACCAUAUAGUUAAGUAAUUAACAAAAUAUAUGAUGUGUUAGUAUAUAGAAUAACGAAAAUGAUAGACUGAUAGGGAAUAACAUUUUGUUAUAAAAAAUGCAUAAGAAUUUUUUUUUUUAAUAAAAAGUUGUAAGCCACUAGACAUAAAAUUUGGUUGACCGGCACCUUUUGAAAAUUGCAGGGGCUGCCCAGGAACCCUAGGUUGACACCGUAAACACGCCUAUGUAUGUGUGACAUUCUUGUAGAUAUUUUAAAAGUUGAAUAGAAUAUAAGUAUUUAAUUUAUAUCUAUGCACAAUAAUAAAUCAUUGCUGACGAAAAACGAUUCUGAUCAUGUUUUGGAAACAUGUUUUGAAAUUCAAUAAUUUUAAAGAUUUUUGUCAAAUUUUGAAUGCUUAUAAAAAUAACUACUAUAUUAUGCUCAACUUUAUGUCUUACUACUAAAUAAAGCCCAUGAUAAACCUCAUGUUAAAUUGUCGAGCAUUUAACUAGCUUAACUAAAACAAAUUUAUCCAAAUAAUAUUAAUAAAAAAAAAAAUGAAACCUAAUAUUUCUGGCCUUGAAUUUUCAGGUUUUUCUAAGUCUGUUAUUCAGAAUACUUUUAUAAAAUAAAUAAAUUAUAUUCUCAAUAUACUAACUAGUUACAAUUUUCUUUUAGAAUAGAUUGUACGCGUUAACAUAAUGUUUUAAAACCUUUAUGUUAUCAUUUACGGUACUUAUACUCAGGCACGUGUACAAAAAAAAAUUCGUGGGUUCAUAAAAAAUGUACAAUAAUCAAUAUUUAUAAAAAAAAAUAUUAAAUUGAAAUAAAUAAAUUACACGACUAUUAAUUUUAAGAAGGGUUAACCCCCAAACCCCCCUGCAAACGAGCUUGCUUAUACCAAUUUUUUCGCGCAUUAUUGAAGUGGUAAAAUUUCAAAAAUAAUUUAAACUCAUGAUAUGUGAUUGAUUGAUGGGUUGUGUACAGCUACAACAUUAUAUUUACGAAUAGGUACUCAAAAAUAAUGAUUCAAUACAAUUUGAACGACGAAUAUAUUUGAUUCGCUACCUAUAGAUAUCUUGUAAUAAUAUAAUAUAGCAUUACCGUUAAUAAAUUGAAACGUAAAAUGGUUCAUUAAUGGUUUUACCGAGAAAUAUCAAAAUAUUCUUAAUACUAUUUACUUUACUGACGCGACGGUAUAAUAUUAUAUGUAUCGUGUUAUAAUAGUACGAUCAUAAUGGUACUGUCAGUUUUUAUCAUUGAAAUGACGCUAUAACCACAUUACUGCCUCAGUCUGAUUAAAGGUCAACAUACGAAUAUAGUGAAACUUUCUUACUUAGAUCGUAUACUGUAGCGUGUUUAAGAUGAAAUUCGAGUUGAACACAAAAUAAUAACGAAAUUUAAAGAAGAGUAUAUUUUCGAGAUUAGUACCUAUGUAGCUUUUUUCUGAAAUAUUGUCACAUAACAAAAUUAUAUAGAUAUUGUAGGUUUCGCUUUUUUUAAAUGGAAUCAGAAGUCUAAAAAUAUAUGAUCAAAUUAAAAAAAAGUUAAAACUAACAUGACGACCGUAAUAAUAUUUCAGAAAAAAAUCACGUAGGCUCUCGUAUAAAUACUCUCCUCUAUAAAUUUCAUUAUUCGUGUUUAAUCUUUAAUUUCAAUCUAAAUACUAUCAGUUGAUAUUUUAAUUAUAACGUAAUUUUUCCGUCUUACCAGUUAGUUCAAUUGAGAUAGUAAAUAUUAAGUAAUACUAUAUUCUUCUUUAUUAGUUUCGGUCAUUUCAGAACACAAUGCUAAUCAUCAGCUAAAUAAACAUACUACCAUCUAUCUCUAUUAAUCAUCUAACUCUACCUGCUGCCAAUUCCGUCCACUGACAAUUUAAAACUCUUACAUCCCUUUUAAUACAGUCUUCCCCAAUUACAGUUUAUUAAGAGAAGUAGCAUGAUUUUCGCCCAAAAAUAACCUUUUUCUUUUUGUCGAAAUAUAAUAAAUUAUUAGUUUUGUUCAAAUUAAAUACAUUUUAUUCGAGCGUGAUAGUAAGAACCCUUUUGAGAAAUUUAUAACAUAUAUUGUAUAUAUUGUAUAGACUAUAAUAUUAUAUUUUUGUUAAUAAAUUCGUGUUUACUUUAAUUAAAAAAAUUAAGAGAAUAUUCGUUAAGAAAUUUAUUUAAAUUGUACAGGAAUCAACGUGAAUUAAACAACAUUUUUGGCCGAAAUCGCAUUUACAGAAAUUUGUCGGCAGAUGAAGUCAACGGAGUUUGCAAUAUUAUUGGAAAAUAUUAUCAGGAUCAAGUUACAUUGUAUCAUAUUAAGAAUUAUGAAGCAUAUCUACAAAGAAAAGAAGAGAAACUGCGUAUUCUUGAGGAACAGGUAAAAGAAAUAAAAGAGGAAGAAAAGAAUUCCAAAGAAUUUACAAAAUAUUUAUAUGAUUAUUAUAACCGCACUGGACGAGAUUAG